AAUGAAGAUAACUUUGAAAUCUUGCAGUGGAAGGAAGGUUCUUAUGGUUCUGUUCCUCAGAAUUCAGUCAGAACCUGCUCCAGUGAGGAAAUGUAUGUAGGGAAGAACAAGUACGGCUUGGGGAAGGUUGAUCCAAAGAGUCGCCUCUUUUAUCUUCCCUGGAAGGGGAAGGAAUAUUGUUACAAGAAGUAUGAGGUUCUGACCCAGACGAAGGCUGACAAAGAUCUCAUCUCUGAUGUCAGGUACCACACAGAUMAAGCUACAGUUUGGAAAGCUCCUCCGAAAACCCUCCAAAGCUCCACUACUGUCAACCAUGCCCUCAGUGAUGUGACCAAAACAGUUUCUCUGACUAAAACCACCACAGAUGAGAGACGGUGGGACAUCAGCUCCUCCAUCACCGCCGGUGUAACAACGACCAUCAAAACAGGAAUUCCCGGCAUUGUGGAAGGAAAUAUUGAAAUCAACGCACAGACGACUCAUACGUUCUCAGGUGGAAACACCUGGACAGAGSAGGUCUCMCACUCUGUGUCGAUACAGCUUACCGUACCUCCAAACCACAGCUGCACUGUAAAGAUGGUUGGUUAUCAGUACAGUAUGGACAUUCCCUUCACCGCCCGCCUGAACCGAACCUAUGAAGACGGAGAGACCAGAUCAGUCAYCAUGACUGGAACGUAUCAUGGAGUCCAGGUUGGAGAAAUUAGAGCCGAGGUGGAAAGAUGUAAACCUUUGUCUCGUUCUUAAGCCUUUUCAAGCUAAACACAGGAAGGAAACUGAAAACUGCUAAAGUAUAAUUAGUAAAACUUUACCAGGCAUCUGACACGRAGCUCCAGCUUCACCUCUGCUUUUCAAUCCAGACUCUAUAAAUGUAACCAGUUGGAUUCAUGCAGGAUAUUUCUGGUACAUUUCAGGCCUUUUGGUUUAAUAUGUUCAGAAAGUUAUCUUUACCAAAGUAUUUUCACCAGUGAUCAUUUACUUGUUGUGCACAGAACUUAAUUAUUCUCCUAAAUCGUGUUAAAAUUAAUGCAAACAUCACAAUUAGAGACAAAUGGGAGAAAAGCUGCUUGUAGAAAUGAACCAGAACAACAUGGAGGCUUUAUAGCAGCAGUAACUGGUACUGGAGGAUAACUACCUAACUAACUAGCUAACUAACCAACUAACUAACUAACUAACUAACUAACUGCUGAGUCAGUUUGUUAGUUUGUAAAUAUUCAUUGAAACGUAUCAAAAACAAACAAACCCUCGUUUUAACCUGCAGCAGCAUCAUUUCUGUCUGCUGUCACAUCCACACUAACCUGCUGGUUUUACUGCUACAUGYCAGUUAAUAAUUAUGGAAAUUAUUGUGAACAGAGAAAUGUAUAAACUUACAGGGAUAUUACCCAUAAUGCUUCAGUCAUAUGUCUGCAUGACGUUCUGUAUGUAAUGUUUUAUGAAGAACAUGACAUAUUUUAUUAACAAUCAUCUAAUUUAAAGCUUAUUCACAUCCAGAUGAAUCAUUGUGAGCCAUUCUAUGUAUUUUUUUUGCCAUUAAUCAAAUUUAUAACGAUGAAAAUGUUACGAUCUGUGUUGUUCAGUAUAGU